GUUUGUGUUGCGUCUGUGUGUCCAGCUGUGCCGGACUCCGGAGAGACUACUUUGGCGUGACGUUCACGUUCACGUCUCUCUCUCUCUUUUUCGGGAAAACACUUUUUUCCGGUCGUACAAUUCGUCGGGACAAUGGCUCUCAGUCCUUCGAUGACCUCGAAAAUGAGGAACAGGGAUUACGCGAAUAAAAUCAGGCACGGCUCGCCUAAGCUGCAGGAGGUGCUGCGAGAGAGGUGUCGCCAGAGAAUGCGAGAGAAGCGGGGUCAGCUGUUUAACAGACGUAGAUUCGGCUCGGAGCUCAAUUCGAGACACACGCAGGACACGCAGGACACAUUGACGGAAAUAAUACGCCAAGAAUUCAAGAAUCUGGCGACACCGGACGACGAUGGCGCGAGCGUUACGUUCAAAGAGAUCGAGGAGCAUCUGACUCUGGAAGAGGCGAUUAAACUGGAAAACGAAAUUGUUAACGAGCAAGAACAAUGGAUAAUCCAAGAGUACGAGAAGAUUUUACAAGACGAGAUUGAAUACUUGGAGAUGUACUCCGACAACGAGAACAGAGAGGUGUUCUGUCCCAUAUGCCUGAAGGCCAUACUAGCGGAGGGGAACAACUGCGUGGAUUGCCCGGUCUGUGGACUGAAAUUGACAGGUCGCACCAUGCAGGAGGUGAGGCAUCUGAUUACCGAGAGUGUAAACACUCACGCGUUCAAUUGCGUCAAGAUGCCGCUGUUCACGGUAAUACCCGACAAUUGUAAUCUCAAUUUGUAUCUGAUCUGCCACGACUGCUCCACUUUGGAAUUGAUUUGCUGAUCCGCUGGCGGCUCUUUUUUUUAUUAACGAGAACUUGACUGCGUCGGAUAAUUUUAACGCACUCUCGCGCAAAGAUAAUAUUAAAUGCCGUCAACAUCAAUGUGUCCAAAGAUUACGAAGUAAUAAUUGUAAACAAAUAUGUUAUAAUUUGCGUUAGAACAAAGCUUUAUAUAUAAAAGCUGUUUAUAAUUUGACUCUUUUCUAAGGAAAUAUUUAUAAAUUUUGUGUAGAUAUAUACGUUUCAAUUUACGAAAUCCAACAGGAAUUAAUUGUUAAACAUUAAAAUUACAUUAAAUAAUAUUCAUUAUGAAAGUCUUCUCCAAAACUUUCAAUAAAAACUAUUUCGGGAGAAUAUUUUCCGAAUUGUUACAAAACAUUGUAUUAUUUCUACUUCCGAUUUUGACUGUUUCUUAAUCUUAAUAAGAGUUCAAUAUAAUUAUUUAUUAACAGUUAAAAGCACAACGAUCGCGAGAAGGGAAGAGUAGAGAAAAAAAAGAAUACACUAGUUUGGAUUUCUUCAUGUUAUAACAUCUGAAUAAUAACAUGCGAAUCUUUAUGAUUAUAUGAUACAUAUUGUACAAAAAAAAAAAAACAUCCCUUCGAUGAGUUCACUUAUAUUAUUUAUCACUUAUGCAUUGUACAUACAUGAUGUAAGUUGAGUGAGGGCAUCUACAUAUUGUAUAAAAAAAAUAACGUUCCUCAACGCUCUAAAACAAAACAACAAAUUAACAGAGUACACAUGGAUAAAGUGCCAAAUUUAAAAAAGAAUUCAACUUUCAGAGAAUUUAAACUUUUCGUUCUCUCUUACUCCAUCGGGCUAUAUUUACAUUUCGUAUUAACAAAAAACAUGCAACAAUAUGCAGAAGCCCUCCGUAGUUUAAGCUAUAUUCGGUACAUUUCAAACCUUUUCUGCAAAUGAUUUGUACAUUAUCACAUGAAUUUCCAUUAUUAAAGAUCUCAUUUUAUACAUAA